ACAACAAAAAAUGGCUUGCUCUAAUCUAACAACAAUGUGGGUUUCAUCAAAACCAUCUCUUUCUGAUUCAUCUUCCUUAUCUUUCCGAUCUGUUCUCAAGUGCCCAGUUCCUCCAAAUCACACUUCAUCUCCUCCUUCAAGAUCUUCCUCUGUUUCACCACUCCAAGCGUCUCUUCGUGAGCUCAGAGACCGUAUCGAUUCAGUCAAAAACACUCAGAAGAUCACCGAAGCUAUGAAGCUUGUCGCUGCAGCUAAAGUCAGGAGAGCUCAAGAAGCUGUCGUCAAUGGUCGUCCAUUCUCAGAAACCCUAGUUGAAGUUCUUUACAACAUCAACGAACAGCUUCAAACCGAUGAUGUCGAUGUCCCCUUAACCAAAGUCAGACCGGUUAAGAAAGUAGCACUCGUUGUCGUUACCGGUGAUCGUGGAUUAUGUGGUGGAUUCAACAAUUUCAUCAUUAAGAAAGCAGAGGCAAGAAUCAAAGAGCUUCAAGGUCUUGGUCUUGAAUACACAGUCAUUAGCGUGGGGAAGAAGGGAAAUUCUUAUUUCCUCCGUCGUCCGUACAUACCUGUCGACAGAUACCUCGAAGCCGGAACUUUACCUACGGCUAAAGAAGCUCAAGCUGUGGCUGAUGAUGUCUUCUCUCUGUUUAUAAGCGAAGAAGUCGAUAAAGUCGAGCUCUUGUACACAAAGUUUGUGUCUUUGGUCAAAUCAGAACCCGUGAUCCACACGCUAUUGCCUCUAUCACCUAAAGGAGAGAUCUGUGACAUUAAUGGGACCUGUGUGGAUGCUGCGGAAGAUGAAUUGUUCAGGCUAACGACGAAAGGAGGGAAAUUGACGGUUGAAAGAGAGACUUUUAGGACACCAACAGCUGAUUUCUCGCCGAUAUUGCAAUUCGAGCAAGACCCUGUUCAGAUUCUUGAUGCUUUGUUGCCUCUGUAUCUGAACAGUCAGAUUCUUAGGGCAUUACAGGAGUCAUUGGCUAGUGAGCUUGCAGCUAGAAUGAGUGCAAUGAGUAGUGCUUCGGAUAAUGCAUCGGAUCUUAAGAAAUCGCUUUCGAUGGUGUAUAAUAGAAAGCGUCAAGCUAAGAUUACUGGAGAGAUUCUUGAGAUUGUUGCUGGAGCUAAUGCACAGGUUUGAUUUGUUUUGAACCCUCUUUGAAUCUUUUAUAUGAGUCCAAAACUCUUUUUUUUUUUUUUUUUCGUUAUCGUUUGUAUAAUGUAUAAUUGUUAAUCUCUAGAACAACUCUUUAUAAUCAUGCAAUUACAAACAAAAUGCGGUUGUAUCUAUUUUGGCCUUUCAUUGGAUUAAAUGAUGGAGAUCUUCGUUGAAUAUAUGUGGAUGAUGAUGAGCUUUUUUAGGAUCCUUUGAAGAAAUAAGACUUGUUGUCUUUUGAUUGUUGUUAUGACUUAUGAAGGAUCUUAGUUAGGUAGAACCAUGAAUCAUCAUCAAAUCACAUAACUUCAUGGGUAAUAAAGUUAUACUAUUGUU